AUGGCCGCGAUGUACCCACCAAGAGAAGGCACCCGAGCCGCGCUCGCUCUCCAGCGCAUGAAAGAGUGGCCAUCUGUGCGUCCGACUCUGGGACCUAUUCUGGAGAAACGCCGCAAAGUUCGAGGAAGUGAACUCAUCAGCCCCAGAUUGAUGUGGGACCUCAGUACUCUGUACUCGGAUGACGAAUGGACCAUUCUCGACGGAGUCAAUGCGAUGGAGCUCGUACCCACGUUGGCGGAGUGGCCAGGCCGAAGGCACCAUCUGGAUCCUCUUUGCGUUUUCCUCAACCGCAUCGCAGAGUCGGUGUAUCCUGAAUGGCUAGCCUCGGCAGAUGAGCGAGCUGCAAAAGAAGCCAAAGUCGACAAGAGACCUUUCCGAUUCUUGGACCUCCCGGCAGAGAUUCGUACGCAGAUAUACGACAUCGUUGCAGCAGAUAUGCAUCCCAAAGGGCUCGUGCGGCGACAACGAAUCGGUACCUACUGGGACCACGAGCUUCUGGGAACUCCCUUAGCCCAAGUCAACAAGCAACUUCGGUCAGAGUUCCUGCCACGGUGGUUCCGCAUCGGUGAAUGUAUCGUCUGGGGGGAUUCGGAGUGCGAUCAAAGCUGGCUAAGCCUUUUCGGUGCUUCGCGGGUCCCUCUGAUGCGGAACUUCGACUUCCAGUUCGGCGAUGACUCUGUGAAAGUGGAGUUGCAGGGUGCGCCGGCGAGCGUCAAUUAUGAUUGUGCUAAUAACAAGUUCUUCUUGUUACCGCAGGAGAGCAGUAUUUCAAGCGGACAGAGGAUCAGAGUGUCGUCACCAAAGGCUUGGAACUCCACAAGUGCCGAAGUGCGGAAGCUGCGAGAUGAUGACUUUGAGUCGAAGUUUCAGAGCUUUGUGGAGUCUCUAUUGGAGGAGGAUGGCGAUGGCUAUGUGUAUCUCACGGCUGAAGGUCUGGUUCAGAUCAUCGAACAUCUUCAAGGCACGGUUGUUCCGACGCAGGCGGUGGACGUUUCCAAGAGACAGGAUUCGGUUGUGAUCACUGCUUUGCAAAUUCGGACCGGUCCUGGUGCGAGCCACGUCGCAUUGAUCGUCAAUAUCGCUACCAGUACCGCGACAUACACGCAUAUGCCUGUACUUCACGUUGCUGAAAGUCAGGUUCCGCAAGACUCGUCUCAAGGACAUAUUGGACGGAAUGAAGCACUUCAAGGAAUGUUUUGA